AUGGUCAUUGCCAAAGACAUCACCGAGCAUAAAGACCAAGAAAUGUCUGCUCCGUAUGAACAUCUUUUCCAAGGUGGUGGUGAUAAUCAUGAUUAUCACGUAGAUGAUGGUGAUGAGGAGGAUAGUGAUGGUGGUGGUGAAGAUGGUGUUGACUUUGAAGGCGGUGUUGAUGAUGGUGAGGAGGAUGGUGGUGGUGGUGGUCGUUGUGCUGGUGGUGGUGGUGGUCGUUGUGAUGGUGGUGGUUGUGGUGUUGAUGAUGAUGGUGUUCAAGUUGACUUUGAAGGCGGUUUUGAUGGUGCUGAGGAUGGUGGUGGUGGCGGUGAUGGUCGUUGA